AUGCCUUCUUCACAGAUGAUGGUUCGGCUACAACCAUUUGGUAUAAGCUUUGAUCAGAGCUUAGAGAGUCUCAUUAAAGGAAUUCGAGAAAGAAGUAAAGAUUCAGAGAAAUUGGCAGCAUUUUUGGAUGACUCAAUCAAAGAAUGCAAAGAUGAUUUGAAGGAUGCAGAUCUUGAGAAGAAAUCAAUGGUGAUAUUGAAGCUAGCGUAUUUGGAAAUGUACGGCUAUGACAUGAGCUGGUGCUCUUUCAACAUUCUUGAAGUUUUAUCUUCUCCAAAAUUUCAGCACAAGAGAAUCGGUUAUUUAGCGGCUGUUCAGAUUUUGCAAAGGCAAAACAAUGAUGAUGCUUUAAUGCUUAUGACCAAUCAAUUAAAAAAGGAUCUAAACUCAUCAAAUUCAAUCGAAUGCAGUCUUGCCAUUAGUGGGAUAGCAUCUGUGGUUAGCACGGAAUUAGCUCAUGAUAUUGGUGGAGAUCUAGUUCGAUUAUUAAACCAUUCUAAACCUUUUAUUCGGAAACGGGCGGUGCUAGCAUUAUACAAGAUAUUUCUUAAAUAUCCAGAUUCAUUGCCAAUGCUGUUUGAUCAAGUAGUUGACAAAUUGGACGACCCCGAUACUUCCGUGGUUUCGGCCACCGUUAAUGUGAUUUGCGAAUUGGCACACGCUAAUCCUAAAAAUUAUGUCAGCCUCACACCACGGCUGUUUGGACUUAUGAAAGAUACGAACAACAAUUGGAUGGUAAUCAGGUUGUUAAAACUAUUUUCAUCUCUAUCAUUGGUUGAACCAAGGCUGAAGAAAAAACUUCUUCCGGAAAUUGUUCAUCUCAUGUGCACAACAGAUGCACUUUCCCUUGUCUAUGAAUGUAUUAAUGCAAUUUUAAAUGGCAACAUGCUUGAUGAGGAUGACGUUAAAGUGACUGAACUCAUUGUUAACAAACUUUUAGGCUUUUUCAAAAGUGAUGACCAGAACCUAAAAUACGUGUGCCUUUUGGCUUUCAUAAAAACAUGCAGAAUCCACAAAGAGUUGAUAAGGAAACAUUCGAAAAUCCUCCUCUCAUGCCUUUAUGACAAUGAUCUUACAAUAAGAGAAACUUCUUUAGAGAUCGUAAACUAUUUAGUUUCGGAAGACAACAUUGUCACAGUUAUCGCAAGACUUCUAGUUCAGUUAAUACCAUACGAUGAACAACAAGCCAGACUCGACGAUAUGAAUGAUUUACUUGUCGACGAUUAUCAUGAAGAAGGUGAAAAAGAAACGGACAAACUUGAUGAGGUAGAGGAGGUGAAUUAUCCAUACAAAACGCAGAAGGCGGUGGACAUUUCUCCAAAAUACAAGCUUCGGGUCGUCGAAAAGAUAAUUGAGAUCUGUUCUAUGAAGAGCUAUCAAAACAUUCCAAAUUUCGACUGGUACUUGGGAGUAUUGAAGGAUGUGAUCAGAUUAAAUACUGAUUCUAAAAUCCCAGUUAUAGAUGCUAUGAUUUCUGAACAACUGAUAGACAUGAGUAUACGUGUUCCUAGCAUAAGAGCGGCAUUGGUUGAAACAUGCAUUAACUUGUGCUUCGGGGCUGAGAUGAGUGAAGAUGAUAUAAUAAAGUUUAACAAAGGCUUGAAGGGAUGCAUCUGGAUUAUUGGGGAGUACUACACAGACUAUUUACAAGGAAGUAUUGACGAGGGUCAGGAUUCAGAUGACGAUGAUUCAACAAAGGAACAAAAUGAUACACAAUUAAAAGCAACAAUUCCACAGAUAGUUGACCGCUUAGCUUCGCAGAAAUUUAUUACAAAACUAGACAACUUUGAUGAGGGGAAUCUUACAAUAUUGGCAUACAUCGAAUCAGCUUGCAAACUUUUUGGUAAGUAUUGUACCUUGUUGGGAAAGUUUUGGUCACGAGAGGAUUUUGAUACAGUUUUAAAGUUGUGCAAUGCAUUGAUAAAGUGGCUAGCACAAUUUUGCUUGAGCACAAAUUUUGAGGUUCAAGAGAGGGCGGUUUCAUUCACUGAAAUUAUGAAAUUACUACAAGAUGCAAUAGUACAAGCCAUGAAGGAAUUAAAGGAGUCGCAGACUGCCGAGGCUCCAAAUAUAAUUGUGAGUGGAUAUACUCAGAUGUUCGAAAUUUCAGCGAUUAAACCAAUAUCAAAUGCUUUACAGCAAAGGAUAGAACAACCAUUGGACCUGGAUCUCACAACUUCGAUCGAUGAAAAUGCCAUGUCAACAUUCAUUUCUGAACUUCAUAAUAUACAAGAGGAUGACGUGAAGAUCACAAGAGAAAAUGAUUCUUUUGACGCCGAAAUGUAUGAAGGGCAGCCAGAUUUGCAUCAGGAAAAUUCCAGUGAAUCAGAUUAUAAUGAUGAUACUCACAUACAAGAGAACAGCAAACAAGAAAUUGAUCGUAGAAAGAAGGAGCGCGAGGAAAUGAUGAAGGAAGAUCCUUAUUAUAUUACAUCCGGUAAAGGAAAGAAAGACAUUACAAAUGGUAAUAACAAUACAAUGGAUACCCAAGAUAGUAUACAUACAGAGCAAAGUAUCAGAAAACACAAGACAAGAAAGCCAAGAAAGGUGAAGAAAAAGAAGGUGCUGAUUUUGGAUGAGGAAGGAGGAAAUGAUGAAACGGCACUUUCAGUUCCUUCGACGGAGAGAAAGAGCUCCGUGAAAAAGAAACAAAAUAGAUUCUUAGUGGAUUCAUCCGGUCUCAGAAACAUUGAUCUCCAAUCAUCUGAUAAGAUAUCUGGUGACGGUACUGGUAAUAACACAGGUGAAUACAAAGUGGACGAUGCCGAACUAGCGGAAGUUGCGGAACUUAGAAAGAAGUUAGCAGAGACUUCAUUGGAUCAAGCAAACAAGGACAAUAAUAUGCUAUUAAGCAUAAAUACUGCAGCCGAUACGGUGCAGGUGACCCGAAAGAAGCCAAAGAAGAAGAAGAAGAAGAAGAAAGAGAGCAACAGUCACAAAAGGAAGAGCCAUAAGAAUGUGGCCUCAAUUGUAUAG